AUGGGGUUUGCCUCCAAGAUCGCCAACAGCCAAAACAACAACCCGCAGAACAUGAGCAGCAGCAACUCCAACUCCGGUGGUUACUCGGGAGCGCCGCCGGCUGGCUACACGGGAGGUCCUCCUCCUACAUCGCUGCAGCCUGGCGCUGGUGGAUAUCAGCAGCAGCAGCAGCCGCGGCCGCAGCCGCAACAACAGCAAUAUCAGGCUUAUCCAGGCGCUCCUUCGCCAGCUGGUACGCCUAGCAAUCCGUUUCGCUCUGGUUCGACUCAGCCUCAGUCUCCCUACCCUGGAUCUCCACAGCCACCGGCGCAACAACAACAACAAUAUCAGCCCUACAAUCCGCCUGCCGUACCUCCAAACAAGCCUGUCCCUUCACCUUCCCCGGCACCGGCAUCGCAGUCUCCUUAUCCUGCUUCUCAAUCCCCGGCACCCCAGGGUUACCCUCAAGCACCAUAUAGCCCGCAUCCGCCUCAACAAGGAUACCCCCAGGCUCCAUCUUACAAUCCAGGAUACCAAUAUGGACCACCUCAGCCGGACUAUGGCCGCACCGCCCCGCCGCCACCCCCACAGGCUCAGCCCUACGGAGCAGGAUAUCCUCCCCAGCAGCAGGCCUAUGGACAGCCCUAUCCGCCUCAAGGCGGACAGUAUGGACAGGCGCGCCCGGGACCCCCAGGGCCUUCUGGACCAGGCGGUCCCGGAUACGGUGCUCCUGGCGGUGGCCCGCCCGCUCGCGCCACUGAGCAACAGAUCUCUGCCUACAGACAGCUUCUGAUUGGCACCAUCCAAGAGAAAAAUCUUCAGAACUUCUACCCUCCCGAUAAGCUGGACAGCCUUGUGCAGACUCUGGCCAACGAUGCUCCCGGCAAGGUUGAACGACUCGUCCAUGAGUGGGGAGUACCGCAGGAGGUGGCAAUGGAUGUGAUGAAGCUAUCUCUGUUCGAUGUUAUUCUCUACGUGGACGACAGUGGCUCCAUCGAAUUCGAGGAGAAGGGCAUGCGCAAAGAGCAGCUGCGACAGAUUCUCGGUAUUGUUGCAACUGCUGCAUCCACCUUCGAUCAGGAUGGCAUCUCAGUGCGUUUCAUGAACAACAUGGAGGUUGGCGAUGGAAUCCGCAGCGUGGACGAUGUGAACAGACUCGUCUCGCGUGUCCGGUUUGCUGGCCUGACACCGCUUGGCACCAGCCUGAAGAACAAGGUUCUUGACCCAAUGGUCGUUGGUCCUGCUCGUGCAGGUCGCCUACAGAAGCCGGUGGUUAUCAUCACCAUCACCGACGGCCAGCCUGCCGGCGAACCUCACGAUACUGUGGCUAAUGCCAUCCGCUAUGCCGUCGAAGAGGUCUCCCGAACCCAGUACGGCCGGGGUGCCGUUUCCUUCCAGUUCUCGCAGGUCGGAACCGACAACAAGGCCCGUGAAUUCCUAGCUAGUCUCGAUGAGGAUCCUCAAAUCGGAAACUUGAUUGAUUGCACGGCUAACUUUGAAGUUGAACAAGACGAGAUGUCUCGCGCCAAUCCCCCGAUCCACCUGACUCGCGAACUUUGGUGUGCCAAACUGAUGCUCGGCGCCAUUGACUCUUCGUACGAUACCAAGGACGAAAAGGCUGCUGGUCGUGCUGGUGGUUCCGGCGGCCCCCCGCCUCCCAGUGGACCUCCCGCUGGCCAGUAUGGCGGAUACAAUCAGGGGCAGAACUAUGGCCAGCCCGGAUACUACAAUCAACCUCCGUCAUCUGGGUACCCCCAACCUGGACCCUAUGGACCGGGACAGGGCCAAGGCCAAGGCCAAGGGUACAAUCAACCUCCUUACUCUCCCGCCCAGGGCGGACCCCCCCAGCCCGGUUAUGGACAGCCCUACGGUGGAUACGGAGGUGCUCCUCCUGCUCCUCCCGCUGAUCCUUAUGGACGCCCUCCCUCUGGCGCUCCUGGAGGGUACCCCCCGCAGCAGCGCGCCUACAGUCAACCACCUCAGCCCCCGAGAUACUAG